UUUUAUUUUGUAUCAGUAUCAGUAUCAGUGGUAGGUAUAAGGUAGGUAGUAUCUAUUGAUUGGGGAUGCUAACUGCUCAUGCUUAAAGAAAUUCUACAGAUAACUUAUCUGUAAAACCAUUUAUCACGUGCACAACUUUAAUUAUUUGUCUAAUACUUAAUCCAAUAGCAUAUCGUCAUCGUAACAUUGCAUGGUAAAAUAUUUCAUUCUAAAUUAAUUCUCCAAUAGAGAAAAGUAAAUAGGCUAACUUUUUCCCAUCGUAAGUACAGACCUACAAAGCAACGUUUAAAAAUUAGCGCAGCCGCCGAAGCCGAGCGACGUCUUUUAUUUCGCAUCUCGAUGUGCCAGACGAAGCCCGGCGACGCGUCGACGGCUCCGAUCGACGUAAAAUAUCGAGUUCCUGCGUGCCCGAGUACGGAGACGACAUUUUGAAUCGAAAUUUUCCAAAAAUUUAUCGCUUAAUCGACAUUCCCGAGUGCGCAAGUCGAAAAUUCAAAAACGUCCCCGGAAGGCGAUCGGGAUUGGAACUAACCCCUUGACGAGGGGUUGUUUUGAUAUACGAUAAUGGGGAAAUCGCAAUUUUUAUUUUUUAUUUAUUUUUUCUAUUUUCAUUGAUAGGCAGCAAGCCUUAAACUUCUGACAUUUGACAUGUACUAAAGGCAGAGAAAAUCAUAUCUGUUAGCCAUUAUUAAAUGCAUUAAAUGCAAAAAGAGUAUUUCCUAACAGUCUCAACAUUUUAGGUGAUGCUCUAGUAACUGAAUCGUCUCGAUCAGGCGAGAAUUCACUACCCGGAACACCCGGAUCUGCGAAGAAAGUGAAUCCCCGAACACAAAUGGAUAGCACACCUUUAUCUACAGCAACCAAAAGUGUAGCUCGGUUACAAUCCUUACUCGCCGGUCGUCAGUCGGGUCCAAGUGAAUUAUUGUUACAAAUUCUUCAGGGUUGUAAAAUAGAUCCCACUGAAAAAAUUGCAACAAUUAUAGAAUCUCUUGGAGAUAAAUUUCGUACGGAGUUUACAAGACAAAGCUCGUCUGUUCCAAUGAUUACACCAGAUUAUGCCAACCAGAGACUCCAGCUUGCUAUUACGCUAUUUUACAAAUUCGUCGAAAACAUCUUUCAAAAAGAGAAAACUCUCCAUUCGGAUAUUUCGCAUUUGGCAGUACAAGAAAUCUUUUAUGAGUGCACCCUUGCCUGCAGUUUGGAGAUAAUUAUCUACUCUUACAAUUGCCAAAGAAAGUUUCCUUGGAUUUUGAACGCUUUGAAUGUUGAACCGUUUUACUUUGUACGUGUGAUUGAGCUGAUCGUUCGUUCGCAAGAUCAGUUACCAAGAGACGCUGUGAAGCACUUAAAUAUGGUGGAACAAAAGAUAAUCGAAUCUUUAAUAUGGAAAAGUGGCAGUCCCAUUUGGAGAAUUUUGUCGAAUUCGGGGGAGAAUUUUCCUAAAUUCGAGGACAUCGCGCUACCAGGGAAUAUGGUGCACAGUGAAGAACAACCUGCACCCGGUCAAAUACUUCGACGUUCUUUAAAUAAUCAAUUGCAAUCACCAGGGCCGUCUGCUGUUGAAAGGUUUCAGUCGCCCAUAUCUGAUGUCAAAAAACAAUUGUUUAAACCUUCUCAGACACCUACAAAGACAUCUCAUGCAGUGAUGGUGGACAAAGAUGGUACCAAACAACUAAUUGUGUUAGAAAAACCGAUAGAUUCAACUUCAACAACGCCCGUCAAAGCGGAGGGAUCUUCACCUUCGAGUGGUAGACCGAAAAAAUCGGGAAGCCUAUCGAUUAUCAUACGCAAAUUCUACAACCUGGCAUAUUCGCGCAUGAAGCAGCUGUGCAAUAAACUAGACAUCACCGAUUUAAAAUUCACACAAAAGAUUUGGACGGUCUUCGAAUAUUCAAUUCGAGAUCAUACGCAUUUAAUAAAGGAUCGUCACUUGGAUCAAUUAUUAAUGUGUGCGGUAUACGUUGUCUGUAAAGUGACAAGCACGAGGGAGCAAAAAUUUGCUGAAAUCAUGCAACAUUACAGAGGGCAACCCCAGGCUAGCAGUCAUAUUUACAGAAACGUUUUAAUAGAUCGAAGUAGCACACAGGAAGUAACUGAUGAAGGUAUUAACUCGGAUAUCGAGAAAAGGGGUGAUCUGAUCUCAUUUUAUAACACUGUUUAUGUUCUAGCAAUAAAAAGCUUUGCUUUACAAUUUAAAGAACAGGAUCCUAACAUCGCCCUCAGUCCUCUCCCAUUGAUUAACAACAACUUUGCAUCUCCUCGGUGCCAGAUAACCGAUAAUUUGUACAUCACUUCGUAUGAUACACCAACAAAUGGUGGUAGUAAGACGAACUCUUUGGAAUAUCACUUCAGUAGGAGUCCAUCAAAGGAUUUGGAAAAAAUUAACAAUGCCAUUAAUAAACAUAUUGUCGGUAAACGUCUGCUAGGUUACGACGAAGACACUUACACACCUAAUAAUAAAGUCCAGCGAAAAAUGCAGUCCCUCGUGGAACAGCGAAGAAGUCAAGUGACGGAGUAAAUGUGUGUUUUGCUAAAAUUCUCCAUGUUGAACGUUUGUAAUUUAUUUAACUAUGAAACUGCCUUUUUG